GGGGUACUUACUGCUUAAAGUUCAAAGCAUUAAGAAUAAGAAUAAAAUUUAUACUAUAAAUAUUGAACGCAAUCUUCCAGAAGGUAUCAUUUAGCUGCCAGCUCUUCAAGUGUAGAAAACAUCCGUUCUUAAUUUAAAAUGGCUUUCAAGAUCGCUGCAUUCUUCGCCUGCCUGGCAUUCGCCAACGCCGGAUAUCUGCAACCAGCGGCUUACCAAGCGGCCCCAUUGGCCUACAACGCCCAGGCUCUGUCCUAUGGAUAUUCCAGCCCGGUACAGCGUCUGGCAUAUGCUGCUCCCAUUGCCCAGCAGGCUUAUGCUGCCCCAGCUCUGAGCUUGGCUCGUAGCUACGCUCCGGCUCUGUCCUACUCGGCACCAUUGGCCAAGACGGUUGCCAUUGCCCAGCCAGCUGCCAUCGCCCACUCUGCCCCACUGGCUUAUGCUCCAGCUCAAGCCACCAGCUAUACCAGCUCCUUCAUGAAGUACAACAGCCCUUUGAUCACUUAUGCUUACUAAGAAGAUUGGGUAAUGGUUUUCUAUUAGACAGUACUUGUUGAUGAAUAAAUAAUUUUUGACAU